AUGGUCGCGCUCGUGGUUCCUUACAGAAACCGACCUUCACAGCUGCCGAUAUUUAUAUCUAGAAUAUUUCCUUUCUUGCAACGCCAGCGUGUGGAUUUUAGGAUGUUUCUUAUAGAACAGGACCCCAGUGGAGCGUUCAAUCGAGCCAAGCUGUUCAACGUCGGAUACAACGAGUCCUCAAAGUACGGCGACUUUGACUGCUUUAUUUUCCAUGAUGUCGAUCUCAUUCCGGAGAAUGACACAACGACAUCAUAUUGCAUGCAGAUCCCAUAUUCCUCUUUUGUUGGAGGAGUCCUCGCCAUGAAUGAAACAGUCUUCCAGCUGGUGAAUGGCUUCUCCAAUCUCUACCUCGGAUGGGGAGGCGAGGAUGAUGACAUGUCAGUAAGAAUUCUCGAAAAUGGCUUCAAAGUUCGUCGACCACCUUUAGGAGCAGGUAGAUAUAAAAUGAUAAGGCACCAGAAGGAAAUACCCUCGCAAAUGAGAUUCAAGCUUUUGGAGGAGGCGAAGACGAGAAUGGCAACUGAAGGGCUGAAUUCACUUCAAUAUAACUUGGUAUUCUCAAACACCACGAAGAAUUACGUGCACAUAAUGGCGAACCUAUAUACUAUUUGAUAUGUACAGUCAACUUUUUUAUGUAACAUUAACCUCAAUAUAUAAUUGUGCCUCUAUGCAUUCAUGUCUCUAAAAACGACCCUUUUAGAGUGAGCAAAGCUUUCCCAUUUAUAAAAUUAUCUCCCACAUAUUCUGCGUUCUUCAUACUUAAAUUGUUAUAAGUACUUGUUGUAGAAAGAUUGUUUUGUUAUGUUACAACAUAUGUUUAUGUUAAGUUUAUUGAGAACGUUGAAAUUCAUCCUGUUAUGAAUCUAUGUUUCGAGGCGAUGUACUACGUGUAACUCUUGAUUACAAUAGUAGUUUGUGUAUCUGUUGAAAUAUUGGUGUGUUAAUCCGCAGUUGCCUGAUUAUUUUAAUGUUAUACAAAGACAUCCUUCAAAUAAAAUAC